CCAUUUUCAUCGAUACAUGUUCUUCUCUUACAAAUUUCAAAGCAGAGACAUGAUUCUAUGAUAUGGCUGAGUUGCAUAUUAUUGGUCAAAUUACUUUAGCCAAAAAUUUCAAAGAAUCUCAACUUUUCUGUAAAUGGAGUUUUCACGCUGGAAAUGGUUGGAAAGUUAUAGAAGGGAGCGAAGAAGGACAAACCCAAGAAAGUUGUGAUAUAUAUACCAAUGAACCAAUUUGGGAUCAUCCUGUCGAUAUACAUUAUACUACGCAAACAUUACAUAAUUCUCCAAAAUUGCUUCUACAAAUAUUUUCUAGAGAUAAUUAUGGAAGGGUAUUAUUCAAUUCUUAUGGUGUUUGUAAUAUACCCUUAUCUCCUGGAUCUCAUUGCUUGAAUUGCCAUACAUGGAAACCAAUUGGUGAUUGGAAAGAUAGACUUAGAGACAAAUUUUUGGGAGUGGUUUUACAAUUGAAAUCUCCAAACGUUUUAGUUAAUACGAUAGAUAGAUUUGAGUUACUUACAGAAAGUAUGGGUACUGUACAAAUUGAUCUACAUAUACUUGUCAGAAAUUUUGACAAGUUUGGAUGUCAUUUAUGA